AUUUCUACCAUCGUUUCGUACUAUGAGCGGCAGGUUUGACGACGCCGAGACCGCUGUGCCAGCGAGCGACAAGUUCAAGGCGGUUCAGUGGAGCGACGACGAGGACGACGACGAGGACUUUGACGAUGCCGCUGCCUUCGAUGACGAGGCAGGCGGCGAGUACGCCCAACACGACGAGGAAGGCGACGACGAUGACGAGGACCAGGACGACGACAUGCUCGACGGCGGCCUCGACUGGGACGGCACACGAGGCGAUUUCACGAAAAAGCUGGCUGCAGCGCGAUCGACGACCGCGGGAAAUGUGCCUGCUUCAGCGAACGCGGGCGGUGGCCGCCACUUUCAAAACCAAGACCGAACAAUGCUGGGCAAGAUGCAAAACAAGGUUCAUGUAGAAAUGUACCUGGGGCCCCGACUUAGCGACAACGCGACCAACAAGCUGGCCGAAAACCAAAGGAAAACAGACGCAGACCGGUACCGUGUUACAGACAAGGCCGAUCGCGCCACGACCGAACAGGUGCUCGAUCCGCGCACGCGCAUGAUCCUCUUCAAGUUAGUGAGCAAGAACAUUGUCAAGCAAAUCAAUGGCUGCAUCAGCACGGGCAAAGAGGCGAACGUGUACCACGCUGUCAACGACGACGGCGAGGAAAUGGCCAUCAAGGUCUACAAGACGUCGAUUCUUGUGUUCAAGGACCGCGACAAGUACGUCACUGGCGAGUUUCGCUUCCGUCGCGGCUAUGCCAAGCACAAUCCACGCAAGAUGGUCAAAGUCUGGGCCGAAAAAGAAGUGCGCAACCUGACUCGUCUGCACAUGGCGAAAAUCCCAUGCCCCGAGCCCUUGCUCUUGCGCAAUCACGUUCUUGUCAUGCGAUUCCUUGGUCACGACGGCUGGCCGGCACCCCGCCUGAAAGAUGCCUCCAUUACGCCGGAUAAAGCGCACGAGCUGUACUAUCAGUGCAUCCGCCUCGUCCGUGACAUGUACCACAUGUGUCACCUUGUCCAUGCCGACUUGAGCGAGUACAACAUGCUGUACUACAAGAGUCAGCUGUAUAUUAUCGAUGUUUCUCAAUCUGUGGAACACGACCAUCCGCACGCACUCAACUUUUUGAGAAAGGAUUUGACCAACGUUACUGACUUUUUCCGAAAGCAUCAAGUUAGCACAAUGACCUUGCGAGAGCUGUUUGAUUUCGUCACAGACGUGACCAUCACCGCCGAUAAUAUCGACCUGUAUCUCGAGAAGGUGCAGGAGUUGACAUCUCAGCGAUCCGUGACGCUCACCGCAGAGCAGGCCAGUGAAGAGCAAGUUUUCCGUGAAGCUUUCAUUCCCCGCACCCUGGAUGAUGUCACUGACUUUGAGCGCGACUUCCAAAAGAUGAAGCUUGGCCAAGGCGAAGAGAUUCUCUAUCAAACGUUGACUGGCAUGAAGACCGAUCUCACCGGCGCCCAACAGCAGCCAGUGCUGCUCCAGAGCGGGGCGGCAUCGGAAGAGAAGGUCACCGCAGGCGAAGCCGGUCACGUCGAUGAAGACGGCAACGACGACGAUGACGACGACGAUGAAGACGAUGACGAUGAUGAUGCCGACGAUGAUGGAAAGGAAGGCGGGAACAAAAAGGGCGCCAAGCCGAUUGCUGGUUUGCCAGAUCCGUCGACUGUUUCAAAGGCGGAGUGGAAGAAACUCGUCAAAGAGCACAACCGCGAGCGCCGUAAAAACAAAAUCCCCAAGCACGUUAAAAAGCGAAAGGAAAAGGUGUCGACCACGAAAAACAAGAAAUGAGUGUGAUUUUGCCUGCUUGUUUGUAUGAAUCGACUUGAUCUUCCAUCGAUAUUGGUAUGACACUGGC